UGUUGUAAAACACUUUAACGCUUAGUGUGUUACAUUUUAAACUAACCCGCCUGUUAUAGCCACAGGUGUGUCUUCUGUCCGUUGUUAUUGUGUGACGUUGUCCUCUACGUUAAUAAUGUUGCUCCACAACGACUCGUCCGAAGCUCAGAAUCCGGAGAAGAUACUCUGAAGAUAAGCAGUCAUUAGAGAUGGGUGUCAGAGGCUGUCGGGCAUUCAGCGGGAUGCUUCGGGGGAGCUAUUUAUUAACAGCUGGGCACCGGUGCUGCAGAGGUCCAGUGAGCUGUCACGUGUUUCGCCAUUACAGCUUUCUGCCAGAUGAUGUCAAAUCGCUGAAGGCCGUGGUCAGUCCUGAUAUAUCCAAAAUCCGAAACAUUGGUAUCAUGGCCCACAUUGAUGCAGGCAAGACAACGACCACAGAAAGGAUGCUUUAUUACUCUGGCUAUACACGAGCACCAGGAGAUGUGGACGAUGGGGACACGGUCACCGAUUUUAUGGCUCAAGAGAGGGAGCGCGGGAUCACCAUUCAGUCGGCGGCCGUCACAUUUGAUUGGAAAGCCCAUAGAAUAAAUCUCAUAGACACCCCAGGACAUGUCGACUUCACUCUUGAGGUAGAGCGAGCGCUUCGUGUCCUCGAUGGGGCUGUCGCGGUGUUUGAUGCCUCCGCUGGUGUCGAGGCUCAGACUCUGACUGUGUGGAGACAAGCGGAGAAGCACCAUGUUCCCUGUGUGUGCUUUCUGAAUAAGAUGGAUAAGCCUGCAGCAAACUUAAGUUUUUCCAUUGAGAGCAUAAAACACAAGUUAAAAGCCAACCCAGUCCUCCUGCAGGUUCCAGUAGGCAGCGGCAGAAACUUCUCAGGUGUCGUCGACCUGUUAACCAACCAGAAGCUGACGUGGAAGCAAACCUCUACGAGAGAUGACGGACAAGUCUUUGAAAGCGAACCGCUCGAUCAGUCGGACGACCCAGACCUCGUGCGGGAGGUCAAUGAGGCCCGGGCGGCUUUAAUUGAGCAGGUUGCUGAUCUCGAUGAUGAAUUUGCCGAAGUGUUGCUGACAGAUUUUAGUGACAAUUUUGACGCCGUUUCCUCAUCCAAACUACAGGACGCCGUACGGCGGGUGACUCUGACCCGUAAAGGCGUCCCGGUGCUCUGCGGGAGCUCUUUGAGAAACAAGGGCGUUCAGCCUCUUUUGGACGCCAUCACCGCCUACCUGCCCGCCCCCGAUGAACGCCACCACGACCUGGUGCGGUGGUACAAGGACGACUUAUGCGCUCUGGCCUUCAAGGUUCUCCACGACAAGCAGCGAGGCCCCCUGGUGUUCCUCAGGAUUUACUCCGGGACUCUGAAACCUCAAACCGCGGUGCACAACAUCAACAGGAACAGCACUGAGAGGAUGAGCAGGCUGCUGGUGCCGUUUGCCGAUCAGCAUGUGGAGAUCCCUUCCAUGACGGCGGGAAACAUCGCCCUGACCGUGGGACUGAAGCAGACAGUCACGGGGGACACCAUCGUCUCGUCCAAGGCCUCGGCGGCAGCCGCGGCCCGGCGAGCCCACAACGCCGGCGGGGCCGCGAAGAGGCAAGGGGAGCACGCCAGCGUGGUGCUCUCCGGGGUGGAGGUCCCCGAUCCCGUCUUCUUCUGCACCAUCGAGCCGCCCACCAUGUCCAAACAGGCCGACCUUGAGAAUGCACUGAGUUGCCUCCAGAGAGAAGACCCCAGUCUUAAAGUCCGGGUGGACCCGGACUCUGGCCAGACCGUCCUGUGCGGGAUGGGGGAGCUGCACAUCGAGAUCGUCCACGAUCGGAUCCGAAGGGAGUACGGCGUCGAGACGCAACUCGGGCCUCUGCAGGUGGCCUACAGGGAGUCCAUUCUCCACGAGGCCUCUGCUGCAGACACGCUGGACCGCACGGUCGGGGAGAGGCGGCACGUCGUGAGCGUGGAGCUGGCCGUCGCACCUCGCCGCAUCGCCGCCUCGUGCGAAGUGGCUUUCGCCGAGGAGUCGGCGGGGCAGCUGUCCACGGAGAUCAAGGAAGCCGUGCAGAGCGGAGUGAACAGCGCGUACCUUCAAGGUCCGUUGCUAGGUUACCCGUUACAGGGCGUAGCCACGUUGGUCCAACGGGUCAGCGUGGAACCAGGAACAUCUCCUGCCAUGGUGUCUGCUUGCGUGUCCCGCUGCAUGCUGAAGGCGCUGAGGCUGGCAGGAGGUCGCGUCCUGGAGCCGGUCAUGUCCCUGGAGGUGACCGUCGGGGAGGAGCGCCUCGGCACGGUGUUGGGGGACUUGGCCCAGAGGCGAGGGACCGUCCGGGACAUCCAGAGUCGCCACGACGACAAGGUGCUGCUAGCCACUGUGCCCCUGGCUGAGAUGAUGGGCUACUCCACCAUCCUGCGGACGAUCACAUCCGGCAACGCCACCUUCUCCCUGGAACUCGACACCUACGAGGCCAUGAACCAGCAGGAUCAGAGCAACCUCCUUAAACGAGUCGCUGGUCUGCCGUGAUCCCGGAUUCUCGGUCAUGUGACCAACCAGCCCGGCUUGCACCAGGACUUAAGAUUAAUAACAGACCAAGUUGUUAAAUGCUGUUCAUAGAGCAAAGCAAUGUGUGCAAUGUUCCUAGCUUAAUUAACCAGAAGAUUUGUAAAUAAAAUCAUUUUAUCAAGUUAUCAUUUUGUAAAACAAACUUUUCAGGCAUGUGAUGCAAUUUUACAAUAAUGUGUCCCACAGCAUCUGUACAGGGUUAUUUCUGAUCAGUUUGACAUUUGAAGUCUUAUUUUAAGUAUACAUAUUACACUUAGUCUUUUAAUGAAUCAAUAAUCUUUCUAAAGAUUUUGAAAAUACUACAUUGGAUUUCAUGACAGGCUACAACUAUUGCGAAAUAAAAUACAUGCAUCUGGCCAAAUUUAUAUAACUUUUUUUAAGUAGACCAAUACUUUCAAGUACAUUCA